AUGAUGCGUGUGAUGAACGCCAUCACAGACAAGUUUGAGUGGAAUCGAAAGGUCUUUGACGAAUCCAUCACUUCCAAAUGGCGUGAGGAAACUGCAGCCAGCGGACAGGAUGUAUCACCAAGAAUGAUGAACUGGAUCAUCAAGGAGUUGCAAUGGAAGGCUGGCAGCUUUCACAAGAAGGGCUUUAUCAGAGCAUUCGACGUUGGAGUCGUCAAGUCGGAUUCGGCUAUCUCUAGCUCUCUGCGGGAGGAAUUAAAACGAGCUGCUGCUCCGUUUGAGAAUCUACCGGAAGACCAGAAGGAUUUUCAUCCUGGAUCCAGCCAAAAACGGACGAUUGGUCUUGAAGACUGCCUUAGCAGUAUAGGACAUGGGAGCUUGGUUCCCAUUCCCCCCGAAGAUGACACCAACCUCUUAUAUGACGAAGAAUCGGGUGUAUCCCGAAGGGGUGGAGUGAGGAGACCACAGAUCCGACAAGUCCCUUUCAGCCGGAAGUUUCAGUGGCUUCCUUGCGAUGUGGAUUUCACCGAAGGUUCCAACUCGGAGGCAAGCGUUGACAAUACUUUUCCGGAUGAGAACCGAGAGGAGCAUAAUUCUGAAAAUGCCACUAUGGCAACCAAUGGAUGUCAGGUCAAAUCCUAUAUCAAUAAUGCUCACCCUGUCACGCAUCGAGGGCUGUACGAGGUCAUCGAAAAGAUCAUCACCGCAACGAUAUCUCUUUGGGAUGAGAGUCUCACGAAGCGGAAAUAUGGUGGCGCCAGAAUACCAUACGAGAGGGUAGAAUAUGGUGAGCAUCCUCAGCCAGAGCCUACUCAAACCUAUCCAGACAACCCCGAGGAUGUGGAUGAGGAUGAGGAUGAGGAAUUUGAAGAGCGUUACUGGAAAUGGUUGCAGUCCCGCCCGAUCAUACAGCCUGAACCGGGCGAAUUCAAGGUCAUUGAAGCCAACGAGCGAGAUAGAAUGAACCUGAGAGAGAAAUUUGCCGAAACUGGUUUGCAAAUCAUUGUGAAAUUGGCGAAUAUUGAAUUGACGCCUGAGAACCCUGAUUAUGAAGGAGGUGCCUGGCACAUUGAGGGUCAACUGAACGAACGUAUUUGCGCCACGGCAAUCUACUAUUAUGACAGCAAAAACAUUACCGAAAGUAGGUUGUCAUUCCGGCAACGAGGAACGGACAUGGAUGAUGUCAACUACGACCAAGACUGCCACGAGUUCCUGCAGGAGGUUUAUGGUCUAUCCAUGAACGAAACAACCCUACAGAGUGGAUGUACUCAGAAUCUCGGGGGAGUGCUUUGUCGCGAGGGCCGGCUCUUGACUUUUCCCAAUGUUGUUCAGCACAAGGUCUCGCCGUUUUCCCUCGCUGAUCGGUCUCAAGCUGGACAUCGCAAAAUUCUGGCUCUUUUCCUUGUGGAUCCUGCUAGACGUAUCAUUUCAUCUGCGAAUGUUCCUCCGCAGCAAGCGGAUUGGGCCACAAAAGCGGGGAAGCUUGGAUCUGAGCAGCUUGAGGGGCCGUUAGUGUCUGACCAGGGCGUACGCCCUACCAUGACUUUCAACGAGGCAGCAUCCUAUAGGCUCGAACUGAUGGAGGAGCGUAGUGUUGCGGGGGUGCGCAGCAAGAAGCUGCUUACUGGUCCGUAUGGCGAUUGGCGGGAUGACCUUCAAUCCCAGGGCUACGCAGUCAUCAAAAAUGUCAUCGAUUCCGAAAAAGCUCAGUAUUACCAGCAAAAAGCCUUGGACUGGCUUUGCUCGUUCAAUCCGGCCUUCAAGCUUGACGAUCCUACCACCUGGGUCAAUGAGAACGUGCCUAUACAAAGCAAGGUAAAUACAUUCAACGGGUACUCUGUCACCCAUGAGCGAUUCAUGUGGGAUGCCCGCACCGAGCCAAAGGUCCUGGACGCAUUCGCCCAGAUCUGGGGUACGGAUGAACUACUAGUCUCGUUUGACGCCCUCAACGUGACCUUGCCCAACCGGAAGGACCGGCCUGCUCAGAAGCCCUGGCCACAUGUCGAUCAGUCUCCGAUGCGUCGCGGACUGCACUGUGUCCAGGGUAUUAUCAAUCUCAGCCAUGCGGGUCCUGAGGAUGGGUCUUUGAUGGUAUUCCCCCGGUCCAACACGGUGACUGAGGAAUUUUUCGAUGGAACGGACCCGUCCACCUGGGAGCAAAAGGACAUCCGACUUUUCAGCGAAGAGGAAAUCGAGUGGUUUUCGCAGCGAGGAAUGAAACCCCUGAAAGUCCUAGCCGAACCGGGGGACUUGAUCGUAUGGGAUUCGCGCACGGUGCAUUGGGGUGGAGAACCAACCGCUGCCAGCGACACCAUCCGAACGGUGAUUUAUGCAUCGUAUGCGCCAGCUCGACUGGCCAACGAGGAGACGUUCCGAUUGAAACGGGAGGCUCUGACGAGUUUUCGCGCGACCACUCACUGGGCGCAUGAGAAUAUUGUGCUGCGCGAUCAAUUGGUGCGUCUUGCGGAUGGGAGGGUCGAUCCCCGCAGUCGGACCGCGCCGUUGGAGUUACCCGAGUAUAGCGACCGCAUGCUUCGGCUGGCGGGGGUCAAGUCGUACUAG